GACCAACGUUCGGGGAACCUGAUUGGAGCAGGUGAAAGGCGGGACGGACUGUACUACUUUCGAAGCAUGCCUAAAGCUCAAAUGAACAUGAUGACAGAAGUGGGGUUUUUUGAUUUGUGGCAUCGGAGAUUGGGUCAUCCUUCGGACAGAGUACUCAAGUUAGUUCCCGUCAUUAGUGGUAGUUCUGGCCGAAAAGUCCUAAAUAAAACAUGUGUUGCUUGUCCGGUUGCCAAGAAGACACGUGCAAGUUUUCCUAUUAGUAACAAUAAAGCAUCUCGUAUAUUUGAACUCGUACACUGUGAUUUGUGGGGACCAAAUAAAACUCCAUCUUCUUGUGAUGCAAUUUAUUUUUUGACUAUUGUUGAUGAUUUCUCUCGUGGUGUGUGGGUGUAUUUGUUGCGAGCUAAAAGUGAGGUUUUU